CGAAAAUGGAGGUGGGGAAGGAGAAGGACAGUAUGAAGACGGUGAGGGAGGCGAUUACGAUUCGUCUGCUCCUCAUGAGGACACGAGCAACGGCGGCGGAGGUGGAGAUGGUGCUGCUGCUAAGGUCGAACAGCAGAAGGCGGUGACUGCGAAUGACAUCGAAGACGAUAAAGGAGUAACACAAGGUGACAACGAUGAUACCCAGGCGAACCAUAAUAACAAGAAGACAACGAAGAUGACAACUCUAGACAGCCAGGACAAGAUGGACAACGUCAGUACUGGAGUAGUCAAGACUGGAGUAGUGAACGAGGUGGAAGACAGUGCUACCAUGAGUCAAGAUCAUCAGGCUGCGACUUCGCGAACAUCAUCAGGGCCUCUUCUGGAUUUUACUCGGUCACUUGUGGAUGACACACAACUACCUGGCUCGAGUACUAGUUUGUCUUCAAAUAAAGCCAUGGCUGACCUGGUGCGUGAGCAAAGGCAGGCAGCUUGUGCUGUUCCGAGACAAGAUCAGAAUGAGGACGCAAUUGCUUCGAGCACGAGUGCAGGUGCGUCUAGUGCAACGGUGGCAAAGUCAAAGAUGACAUCGACGAAUGUGGAUUCCGUAGGAGAAGCGGCAACCUCUAGUCCGCCGCGGCAGGGUUUUACUCGGUCAGCAAUGGAAGAUAUCUCUAGUCCACCCCGAAGAGUACCCACUAGCCUACCACAGAAACUGCCAGCUUCUAGCUCACCACAAAAAGAACCAGCGCAGAGCGCUCGUCUAGAAAUACAAACCACAAAUCUUGUCAAAGAAAAAAGCGCGAGCCCUUCUACGCCGUCUGGUCUAAAGAAGGCCUCGAAUUCUAGAGAACUGGCGCCCGAACUACCGACCCGCGAC